AUUUCUUUUACUUUCUAUGGUUAUAUUAUGCAUUGACAGGAUAGCAAAAAAAUGAUCCACGCGUUUCUAUGGUAACAAACUCCACGGGAUAAUCAUGGCGGAUGAUCUGGAUGAUUUACUUGAUGAAGUCGAAUCAAAGUUUUGUUGCAGCACGUCUGCGUCUAAACAAUCAACUUGUGCUUUAAAACAAAAGGACCAAAAAUGUGCGAACCCCGAGGAAAAGAAACAGUCCAGAAAACAAGGAUACAAAAAAGCUCGACAUGAUAAUGAUGAUAUUGACGCUAUGCUGCAGGAAAUACUGGAUGACGAUUAUCAGCCCACCAGCACUCAUGAAUCCGUUGCAGCAAAGACUUCCAGAAGUGAUGCAUGUUCACAGACAGCGUCCAAGAAAUGUUGUCCUGUGUUUCUUGGUGGAAGUUCUGUACCACACGGAAUUGGAACCAGCGUUUCUCAAAGGGCCUGCAACGGUUUAAGAUGCACAUCUUGCGAUUUCAGCGUAAUCAUGUUUGAGGAUCAGGAAUGGGACUCUUCCUGUGACUAUUUAUUUUUCAGGAAUAACAUGCCUGACCAUCACAAACUAAAAGUCAAACUGAGAAGGAAAAAGGAUGGGCGAGCGUACGCAUGUCAGUGUAGCUGGCACUCAGCCGUGUCGCUCUCUGACCUGAGGGAACAACAGCAGCUAAAGUGGGUUUGUGGCAAACACAAAGUAUGAGCACGAGUCUGCAACAGUUCUACUCUGAAAUCUUAUCUUUGUCCACCAGUAAGUGUUGCAUGCUCUCCUCCUCACAAAAGAGAAUGCUGGCCAUUUUCAAAAUUUGCUUUGUGCUGUUUGUGGGGCUGGAUAACAAAAAGUUGUUGUUUUUGUGUGAUAUAAUUGU